UUCCAUACAAACAAACAGCCGAGCUCUGAUUCUCUGGUUACUGCUCUCUCUCUCUCUAACCCUUUCCAUUAAUUAACUUCUCCAUUUCGCACCAUCCUUGGAUUCUUCUUCGUGUCCUAACUCCCAGAUCUACUCCCCCUUCUUCCCAUCUUCGUCUUCUUCUUUAAGAUCUUACUUAAAUCCCUCAAAAAGCGUCUCUCCACUCUUUUCUCUUUGUUCUCUUUCCCAUUUCUCCACCAUGUUGCCGUUUUUCCUCUUCAUUUUCAUCUGCUUCGCUGCUCUUUUGUCCUCUCCACUUGCCGCCGGUGAGCUCACUACCUGCUCCGGGAUAGUCCCCAUGAAGUAUCGGAGCGAUAAGAUUUCCAUUGCCGAUUUUGGGGGUGUCGGCGAUGGCCGUACAUUGAACACUAGAGCUUUUCGAGCUGCGAUUUAUCGAAUUCAACAUUUGAGAAGAAGAGGGGGUACUUUGCUUUACAUUCCUCCUGGGGUUUACUUGACGGAGAGCUUUAAUCUCACUAGCCAUAUGACUCUGUAUCUUGCAAAAGACGCUGUUAUCAAAGCUGUUCAGGAUUCUUCAAAUUGGCCAGUGAUCGAGCCGUUGCCAUCAUAUGGAAGAGGGAGGGAGCGCCCUGGUGGAAGAUAUGUAAGCUUUAUUCAUGGAGAUGGUGUUCAUGAUGUGGUGAUCACUGGUGAGAAUGGGACCAUUGAUGGCCAAGGUGAUGUCUGGUGGAAUAUGUGGAGGACAAGGACUCUGAUGUACACUAGGCCUAAUCUCGUUGAAUUUAUCAAUUCUCAUAAUAUCAUCAUUUCCAACGUAAUGUUCCUGAACUCUCCGUUUUGGAACAUUCAUCCAGUUUACUGCAGUAACGUUGUUGUGAGAUAUGUCACAAUAUUGGCUCCUCGUGAUUCCCCGAACACCGAUGGAAUCGAUCCAGACUCGAGCAACAACGUCUGUAUAGAAGAUUCCUACAUUUCAACUGGAGAUGAUCUUGUGGCUGUGAAGAGUGGAUGGGACGAAUAUGGUAUCGCUUACGGUCGUAGUAGUUACGACAUUACCAUCCGAAGAAUAUCGGGGUCAAGUCCAUUUGCUGGAGUUGCUGUAGGAAGCGAAACCUCCGGUGGUGUGUCAAAUGUAUUAGCAGAACACCUAAGCUUAUACGACAUGGGAGUUGGUAUCAACAUCAAGACAAACAUUGGAAGAGGAGGGUUCAUAAAGAACAUAACCAUAUCCGAUGUCUACAUGGAGAGCUCGCGAAAGGGUCUAAAGAUUGCGAGCGAUACUGGAGAUCAUCCCGACGACAAGUUCGACCCAAACGCUCUUCCAAUCGUCAAAGACAUCACAAUUAAAAACGUUUGGGGUGAGAAUGUGCAGCAAGCAGGUUCUAUAUAUGGCUUGAGGAACUCCCCAUUUACUGGUAUAUGUCUUUCGAACAUUAACCUUCGUGGCACAGCGAGACCGAGAUCAGUACCGUGGACUUGCUCGUAUGUAAGUGGUGCAGCUCUCUUGGUUAGUCCAUGGCCAUGCACAGAGCUUACCAGCACACAGCAGGAUGGUGUGUGCUCCAAUAACUUCUAAACACAUCUAUUAUGUAUAUUUCGUUCUUUAAACCUAUGAAAUUUCGCGUCGUGUUUGUUGUAGCUAUAUUCCAUUUCACCCGCAAAGGUCAAUGGGGAUUAAAAGAGAUUAAAUUACAAAUUUGGUCUCAAUGGAUCCAAGAAAGUUUGUUUUAAAAGUUA